AUGCCACUCAUGAUCACCUUAAUCAUGCAGUACAUUGACAAAGCCAUCCUCAACGGUGCUGCCCAAUUCGGCAUGUCCAGGACUUACACUUUCAUUAUUCUCUGGGGUGUCUUUGUGGUUUUCGCGCUGCCCGACAGUCAGAUAACUGUCCGCUUUCUCAGUGACAGGGAAAAGAUCGUCGCAGUCGAAAGAAUGCGUUCCGAGCAGCCUGGUAUUGAGAAAAAGAAGUUCAAAUUGUACCAAGUCAAAGAAGGCCUUGUCGACCCCAAACCGUGGAUCAUGUUCGGUACAACUUUCUGCAUCCACUUCGUCAAUGGCAGCGUUUCCGGCUUCGGUUCGAUCAUUACCAGGAGGUUCGGCUACUCGCAUCUCAAGGCUAUUCUCUUGGUUGGGGCGACAGGGGCCAGUGUCGUCGUCUCUCUCAUCAUAGCAGGAUUGACUGGCACACACUUCCGGAAUGUUCGAACCAUUCUCAUGGCUGUGGUAGAGAUUCCUGUGAUCAUUGGCUCGCUUCUUGUCUGGAAGAAGGAUUGGGUGACCAGCCGUGGCGCUGCCAUUGCUGGAUUCAUUUGCCUGGGGUCGCUUGCAGCAGCGUACAUGAUGAUUUUGGCAAUUUUAGGAGCCAACACAGCAGGCCAUACAAAGAAGGCAUUUACCUCCGGCCUGAUCUAG